UACGUUUCCCAGAAGGCACCGCGACGAGCGAGCAGACGUUUGGCAAAUCAGGCUGCAGCCCCAGAUGGAGCUCACGAGGUUAACAAUGACACCCGACUCUGCUGCUGCUGUCAGAAAAUGAAUGGAGCGAAGGUCAACGUUUUCUCUUACAUGUAAAUGGAAGCAUGUAGCAUUUUAACCACCCUGUCAUCCCCCUGUUAAAUGACUCAUUCCCACCAUUUCAUUUCAGUGUCUUUAGUGGCAUGGAGAGGCAGACUAGUUUAGAGGAGUGUGCAGAUUGAUUGAAGUUUGAAACCCAAGUUCACGUAGGAAUUCUGCAGAGUUAAGUCAUAACAAAUCCUCACAUGGUGAGCUGACCGAGCAGAAAGAAAAGUUACACUCUGCAUCUCAGAGUGGUGCACUAACAACAAGCUCACACAAUGGUGGAAGACGACACGGCACAAAGUGGGGAGAGCUCAGAGGAGAAGAUGGACUUGAAGGUACCUGCAUGUGAAGACAGCGUGCGGCUUGAAGACGGGGAGGUAGCUUUGGCUCCGUCUCCCUCUGGAGGCCCCUCGGUGGACACCAAGGAGCCCCGAAAGUGGAGGUGGGCCGUGAUAUUCUUGUGUUUCUAUGGGUUUAUGGCAUCGGUGAAACCUGGGGAGCCCUUCAUUACACCAUACCUGCUCAGCCCUGAGAAGAACUUCACAAGGGAACAGGUGACCAAUGAGAUCACUCCUGUGCUCACGUACUCCUACAUGGCCGUCCUGGUGCCGGCCUUCCUCCUCACGGAUCUCCUGCGCUACAAGCCGGUCCUGAUCAUCCAGGGCAUCAGUCAGGUGGUCAUCUGGCUCAUCCUGCUCCUGGGCAGCAGCCUCCUCCAGAUGCAGCUCAUGGAGUUCUUCUACGGCAUCACCAUGGCGUGCCGCGUGGCCUACUCCUCCUACAUCUUCUCCCUGGUCAGCCCGGACCUCUACCAGCGGGUCGCCGGGUACUCGCGCUCCGCCGUGCUCCUGGGGGUGUUCAGCAGCUCGACUCUGGGCCAGCUGUGUCUGUCUUUUGGCAACAUCAGCUUCUUCACCCUUAACGCCAUCUCUCUGGGCUUCGUCAGCUUCGGUCUGCUGCUCGCUCUGUGCCUUCCUUGGCCUCAACGCUCCCUGUUUUUCAACCGGAAUCAGGAGCAGAAGGUGCUGGCGGCUGCUGCUAACAAAUCCGAACUGGACAAAAUGAACCCCAAAGAGAGCAGCGCGCCCUCAGUGGCUCUCCCGUGUUCCUCGUCACGCUGGAAGGACUCUAUCCUGGUGCAGAUGCUCCUGGAGUUGAGGAACGUGGUGAAGAUGCCCAACCUGAGGCUCUGGUCCUUGUGGUGGGUGUUCAACUCCACGGGGUACUACCUGGUGCUGUUCUACGUCCACAUCCUGUGGAACAAAGUGUACCCGGCCACCGAGAACAAGCACGUUUACAACGGGGCGGUGGAGGCGUUUUCUACCCUGCUGAGUGCGAUGACCUCCUUCACCGCGGGCUUUGUGAAAAUCCGCUGGAACGUCUGGUCCGAGCUGGUCAUCGGCGUCAUCACAGCCCUGCAGGCCGGUCUGCUGCUCCUCAUGGGCACCACAGACAACAUCUGGGUCUGCUACAUCGCCUAUGUCCUCUUCAGAGGCUUCUACCAGUUUCUGGUGCCCAUCGCCACCUUCCAGAUUGCCUCAUCUCUCACCAAGGAGCUCUGCGCCUUGGUGUUUGGCAUCAACACAUUCCUGGGGACCAUCCUGAAGAGCAUCAUCAUCCUGAUAUUCUCUGACAAGAGGGGCCUGGGGCUGGACGUGCACUCCCAGUUCUUGGUCUACUUCGUCUACUUCACCAUCCUCACCAUCGUCUACUUCAUCUGUGCCGCCGUGGUCAUCAUCCGUCACUACAGGAACCGGCCCAGAGGAGGAGGGGAGGUUGACGAGCAGGCCACGCCCACAGAACUCUGUCCUGUAGCUUCAAAUUCAGAGGCAGAGUCUUUGUCGAAUGGGAAAAGUGCCAAAGCGUAACGACAGAGCGGGCAUUUUUCACAUCGUCACUACAUCCUCGAGCUCUCCAGACUUUGGCUGGAUCGAUUAUUUGAGCUCUGCAAUCAUAAAAGUGCCUCAAUGAGCUACCUGAAGCUGCUGCAUCCGGAGAGAGUUUGUCAAUCAGAUUUUAUUAAGAGCCAAAAUUCUCCUAUUCUAUUCGAUAAGAAGCUCCAAGUAUGCAACACUGAUGUUUCCUGAAUCAUCUUAGACAAAGAAAGACCAGAGAGCCUUCUUCUUUUCUAUCCAGGAGCAAACAGCAGCUGAACUCUUUCACUGACACUUCAUUAUUCCUCCUGAUUACUAUGUGAUCUCUACUUAACACAGUCUGCACAUCCAGCCUGACACUCCUUUGUACCGAAUGUUACAGCCCUCUGUAAAGUCCCUUCAGAGGGAGGCCUGACCCUCAUCUUUGGAAUACUUUUUACAGUAUUGAUAAUCAUCACUUUGCUCGCGAGUGGAACACGACGGGUACUUUCUGUCCUAUCUUUUGUGUGACUUAUUCUAAGCUGUGCACUGCUGAUGAUACGCAGUGUGACACACUUUUGUAAUGAUUGUACUUUCACUGUAAUGCUGCUCUUUAUGUAAAAGCAGCUUCAUGAUAUUUGAAAUCACCUUUUUUUAAUGCUGAAUGUGCCAAGCAAUCAUCUAUGAAAUAUAUUUGAAAUAAUUUGAAAUUUAAAUUUGGUUGUUACACGUGUGCUCGUUCUUUAAAGUGUUAUGUAUUCAGCCUCAGAGCAACAAUUCAGAGUCCUGCUGCGGCUUUGGAGCCAUUUAGGCAACCAAUCACAAAGAAGGGCUCAAACUCUCUUAUUUUACUUCUCAUGAAUGAAAAAGAGUAGGAAGCGCUUCUUCUGCUGAACAUAGGAACACAGUGUUAAUUAGUGCGACUUCAGCGCACACAUUCAUUACGUUUUUAGACAUUUUCUGCCUCUAAAAAGAGGCGACACCUUUAGAUUCUCACUUUGAGUUGUUCUUAUACUUCCUGGUUGUACUUACAUUAAGAAUGUAUCUUUUUUAAACUCUAAUUGGAAUAAUGGCUGAUGAUGAAAAAGCUGUGAACCUGUCUUAAUGCUGUAAAAAAACACUGACUUUAAUCAGAUGUUUAUUUUUUAUUCACGAUUAAAAGGACUUGUCUCAGAUUCAC